AUGUUCAAAAGGCACAAGUUCCUUGCUUCAGCACGCAAGAGAGAAUUAAUUUCCCCAGGAGCUACACGGUCCAUACUGAAGAAUGACCUGAGAAAUUUUCACUCUUUGUCGCAAUUUAUACUCUCAGCAGGCCCUCUAAAAUCAACUCCAGCAGUUAAACAUUCAAAAACUACUCACUUUGAGAUUGAAAUACUUGAUGCUCAAACCAGAAAGCAGAUAUGUAUUGUGGACAAGGUGACACAAAAAUCUACUAUUCAUGACGUGAAACAAAAAUUUCACAAAGCGUGUCCAAAGUGGUACCCUUCUCGAGUGGGCCUGCAGCUAGAACGUGGUGGGCCCUUUUUGAAGGACUACAUAACCAUUCAAAGUGUUGCAUCUUCCUCCAUUGUCACACUUUAUUUUACAGACCUAGGUCAACAAGUCAGUUGGACUACAGUAUUUUUGGCUGAAUACACAGGACCUCUGCUAAUAUAUCUCCUCUUUUAUUUGAGGAUUCCAUAUAUAUAUGACAUGAAAGAAAGCUCUAGAAGAUUACGUCACCCAGUGGUACACUUGGCCUGCUUCUGUCAUUGUAUACAUUAUAUCCGAUACCUUUUGGAAACCUUAUUUGUUCACAAGGUUUCUGCAGGACAUACACCUUUGAAAAAUUUGAUAAAGAGUUGUGCCUUUUAUUGGGGAUUCACUUCUUGGAUUGCCUACUACAUUAAUCACCCAUGGUAUACACCACCAUCAUUUGGAAACAGGCAAGUCACAGUAUCUGCUAUCACUUUUCUGAUUUGUGAAGCUGGAAAUCAUUUCAUCAAUGUACUGUUGGCUCAUCCCAAUCACACAGGAAAUAAUGCCUGUUUUCCAAGUCCAAACUAUAACCCCUUUACGUGGAUGUUUUUCCUGGUUUCAUGUCCUAACUACACCUAUGAGAUUGGAUCAUGGAUUAGUUUCACAGUCAUGACGCAAACAUUGCCAGUUGGGAUUUUUACACUUCUGAUGAGUAUCCAGAUGUCUUUGUGGGCACAAAAGAAACAUAAGAUUUAUCUGAAGAAAUUCAGUUCUUAUAUGCAUAGGAAAUCAGCAAUGAUUCCAUUUAUAUUGUAA